GAAAGUGACUCACUCACUACACCACCAUGGCAUCUACGAUUCGUCAGUCGGCUGGCCGGGUGGCAGCGCUGGCCUCGUCGUCGUCGGCCUCGUCCACUCGCGCCUCCAGCACGCUUGCGAACGCCAAGACGACGGCGCGCGUGCCUCCACAGCUCCUGUCGCUGGCCCAGCUGUCACCCCAGCAGAUUGCCGAUGUGCUCUCGCUCUCCACCCACUUCAAGCAGGUCCACCGCCAGUACUCGCCCAAGCAUGCGCUCGGCGAUGCCACAACGUCGCCCGCCGUGGGCAAGCACGAGGGCGGGCACCUGUUCCCGCAGUCGCUGCGGGACCGCUCGAUUGCGCUCAUCUUUAGCAAGCGGAGCACGCGCACGCGCGUCUCGAGCGAGACGGCCGUCGCCGCCCUCGGCGGCCACAACCUCUUUCUCGGCUCGUCGGACAUCCAGCUGGGCGUCAACGAGAGCCUGUACGACACGUCCAAGAUUGUGUCGAGCAUGUGCGACGGCAUCAUUGCCCGCGUCAAUGGCCACGACGAGGUCGAGCUGCUGGCAAAGACGGCCGACGUGCCCGUCAUCAAUGCCCUCUCGGACCGCUACCACCCCAUGCAGAUCCUCGCCGACCUGCAGACAAUGACCGAGGACGCCGUGCUGUCGACCAAGACGGGCGCAGCCGCCUCGACGGCCAUGGGCCCCGUGGGUGCGCUCCAGGGACUCAAAGUCGCCUGGGUCGGCGACUCGAACAACAUUCUCGCAGACAUGCUCGUGUCUUACCCGCGCCUCGGUAUCGACCUCGCCGUCGCGGCGCCCAAGGGCUACGAGCGCGACGAGAUCGUCUGGGGCGAGAUGGAAGACGGCCUCCGGAGCACGUCGACGCCCUGGCGCAAGGGCUCCGUGAGCUGGACGACGGACCCCAAGGAGGCGCUCAAGGACGCCGACGUCGUCGUCACCGACACCUGGAUCUCCAUGGGCGAAGAGUCGAGCAAGGAGCAGCGGCUGCGCGACUUUGCCGGCUUCCAAGUCACAGAGGCCCUCGCCAAGGCCGGCGGCGCCAAGCCCGACUGGCGAUUCAUGCACUGCUUGCCGCGCAAGGCAAACGAGGUCGACGACGAGGUCUUUUACGGCCCCCGCUCCAUCGUCUUUCCCGAGGGCGAGAACCGGCGGUGGACGACGCAGGCUCUGGCAGACAUGAUCUUUGGCCGGUGGAAGCUGUAAAUAGAAAAAAAAAAGGGAACACAUGCGAUAAUGACAGUAAUCUCUGGC